ACUUUCCCUGCUAGACCUACUGUCCAAUGAAAAACAGCCAUCUGUUCGGAAGCGAGAGGAGAGUUCCUACAGCACAUAGCGGCGUUUGAUUCCUUAUCAUUUGAGCGAGGGUGCCUGUUUUUCUGGCAACAAUGACCUCCCUCUCGAUGCUUUUGGUCGCCGCAUCGGUCGCCUCAAUACUUGCUGAAUCUACUGUAUAUUUUCGUGAACAAUUUGAAGAUGGGGAUGCCUGGAAGAGCCGCUGGUUGGAAUCCAAACACAAGUCGGACUACGGGAACUUUCUCCUGAGCGCCGGGAAGUUUUAUGGCGAUGCAGAUAAAGAUAAAGGACUCCAGACCAGCCAGGACGCCCGAUUCUACUCCUCCUCCGCCCGCUUUGACACCUUCAGCAACAAGGACCAGCCCCUGGUCAUCCAGUUCACUGUCAAACACGAGCAGAGCAUUGACUGUGGGGGCGGAUACAUCAAGCUGUUCCCCGGUGAGCUGGACCAGGAGGACAUGCAUGGGGACUCCACCUACAACAUUAUGUUCGGUCCUGACAUCUGUGGUCCGGGCACUAAGAAGGUUCACGUGAUCUUUAACUACAAAGGCAAGAACCACCUGAUUAACAAAGACAUCAGGUGCAAGGACGAUGAGUACACUCACCUGUACACGUUGGUGGUGAACCCUGACAACACGUACGAGGUGAAGAUCGACAACAAGAAGGUGGAGUCUGGUUCUCUGGAGGAGGACUGGGACCUCCUGCCCCAGAAGAAGAUCAAGGACCCAGAGGCCACCAAGCCUUCAGACUGGGACGACAAGGAGAGGAUCGACGACCCCGAGGACACAAAGCCAGAGGACUGGGACAAGGCUGAGAACAUCCCGGACCCUGAUGCCAAGAAGCCGGAGGACUGGGACGAGGAGAUGGAUGGGGAGUGGGAGCCGCCCAUGGUCUCCAACCCCGACUACAAGGGAGAGUGGAAGCCCAAACAAAUCGACAACCCCGCCUUCAAAGGGAAGUGGGUCCACCCAGAGAUAGACAACCCAGAGUACACAGCGGACACAGAGAUCUACAAAUACGACAGCAUCGGUGUGAUCGGCCUGGACCUGUGGCAGGUGAAGUCAGGCACCAUCUUUGACAACUUCCUCAUCACCAACGACCCUCAGCUGGCGGAGGAGGUGGGAAACGAAACCUGGGGGUCAACGAAGGACUCGGAGAAGAACAUGAAGGACAGCCAGGACGAGGAGGAGCGGAAGAAACGCGACGACGAUGAGAAGACCAGAAAGGAGGAGGUGAAGGAGGAAGACGAGGAGGAGGAAGAAAAGGAGGAGGAGGAAGAGGAGGAGGAGGAGGAAGACGAGGAGCAGGAAGAGGAGGAGGAGGAGGAGGAGGAAGAUACGGACUCUAAACUCAAGGAUGAGUUAUAAACUUCAAGUUGGAUGGGACAUAUUGAGAAGGAGCCUUUGUGUCUCCUAAGAGCAAGUAGAACAAGAUGGAGGCAGGAUUGGCUGGACUUUUCCUUCAUGAUAGAAGCUGACCAUUAGCAUGUAGUGAAGCUGUCUAUGUGGGGUGGGGGGGGGCGUCGGUUUUGGUUUACACGAGUCAGGUGGGCUAGAACGAUGACUACAGACUACAGUACUAGUUUGAUCCGUUUUCAUGUGCGAUUAUCAAACUACGGGAAUUCUGUUAAUGUUUAGAUAUCUAGACCAGGAGAACGGUAUCUCAAGCAGAUUAAAUAUGGACACAUUUGUUUUUGGUUAAGAGGUGCAGUUUUGCUACUAAACUGAAGUGUCAUCGCUGAUCAAACUGCGAAGUUACUGACUGAGCAUCUUCCUCAUUCACUUGUACCUCAUCUUGUGUUCUUUGUGUGUCUGCUUAUUUAGUGACAGUUGGAUGUGAGGGUUGUCUACUCCACUUCCCUCCAGACACCUAAGUAUCUCUUGAUAUGUUAAAUAAACACAAUCCAUUAAGCCUUGCCGAUACAAAAAUGGGGCUACUGCUAUUUCCCUAUGCCUAUCCAAAUGUAAUAUCUAAUGUUUGUGGCAGAAGAAUUAGGAGAUUUUUCUGGUCUUUCCUGUCACGAUCGGUCUCCCAAUAUGCAGACUCCUCAUAUAAUAGACUUCACCUCACUUGCCUCCACUGUGCUUUAUAAUCUAACAUAUCUCUCCUUUCUUGAAAAUCCACAUGUUUUCUGUGUUUUAGAAGCACCAGUCAAUCUCACUUUUGGAUACAGAGAUCUAAGAUACUUAGAGGAAAAGACCCCAGCUGUAGAUAUACUCAUGUUGUUUGUUGUGACGUCCUGCUGUGUUGACAGGAUAAAUUAACCUCCUUCCUUGAUCACAAAUGACAUCGUUUCUGCACUGCUGUACCCUGAAGGCCUGCCCCAAACUCACCACAGGAAGCUGGUCCUUUUAAAAGAUCUGUUUUGUACUCUGCAAUGUACUGAAUGAGAAAGGAUGUUAUUGUUUUGUGUGUGGAAAAGAUGCGUCCUAACAUGGUUUACUGUCCAAUUAAAAUCAAGAAAGGAAAAUGUCUGGCUGUUUAU